GUAAAUUUCGGAGCACCUCGUGAGUUAUCUAUCAAGUAGAUAAUCCACGUUACAGAUUUUUACAGGAAACUUUCAUUACGAAGAUGCUAGACUUCGUGAUAUUUGCUGUAACUUUCGUUGUGGCCCUAUUAAUUGCAGUGAUUUAUCUCUAUCCGGGUUCAAAACGCAUUACUACCAUUCCUGGGCCAGACCCCACAACUAAAGAGGAUGGGAACCUUGCAGACAUAGCGCGUGCGGGAAGUCUACACGAGUACCUGAUCGAUCUCCAUAAACAAUAUGGCGACAUCACUGCUUUCUGGAUGGGCCAGGAAUUCGUCGUUAGCAUCUGCUCACCGGAGCUGUUUAAGCAACAUUCUGCAGUGUUUGAUCGGCCAGUCUCCCUAUUUAAGUUGUUUGAGCCUUUUCUCGAAGAGAAAUCCAUACAGUUUGCAAACAAAGGAGAUGGGAGAAGCAGACGCAAGCAGUAUGACCAAGUUUUCAAUCCAAGCCAUCUAGUUCAAUAUUACUCUGGGUUACAGGAAGUGUCAGAUAAUUUGGUGAAGAAGUGGACCAGUUUACCUAAAGAUGACCAUGUGGCAUUGGCGCAGUACAUGAGUGCAUUGGCUCUUAAGAUGGCUCUAGUCAGCUUGUUUGGAAGCCAUGCAUGGUCGGAUGAGGAAAUCUUAGAAAUCAGGCACAACUAUGACAUUGCUUGGAGUGAAUUGGAAAGGAGACCUGCUGAUUUUCCCGAAGAAGGAAGCCCCAGGAUCAAGGCGUUUGAAAAUGCAUAUAAAAGGUUCCAUGCACUUGUGAAAAAGAUGGUAACAAAUCAUAGAAAGCUAUCGAAGAAGAGCACAGAGGAGAGGUUGUUUAUCGACGCUCUACUCGACAGUACGGAGGACGAGCAGGUUAUUCUAAGCGAUGCAUGUACAUAUAUUGUUGCAGGCUUCCACACCACAGGAAAUUUGUUAACAUGGGCUGUGUAUUUCCUGGCCACACAUGAAGAUGUACAGGAUAAAGUAUUCAAAGAAAUUAAAAAAGUACUAGGUGGAAAUGACGUGGAACCAAGCUCACUGAAAGAUUUAGUGUAUUUACGACAGGUGAUAGACGAAAGUCUCAGGUGUGCUGUAAUAGCUCCAUGGGCAGCCAGGUAUCAGGAUUUCGACUCCGAACUUGGAGGACAUAAAAUUCCCAAAAAUACACCUGUCAUCCAUGCUCUUGGUGUUAGUCUACAGAACGAGAAAUACUUCCCCCUCCCGAACAAGUUUGACCCUGAUCGAUUCAGUCCAGAAAAUUCCAAAUCAAGACCAUCCUACUCUUUCCAGCCCUUUGGAUUUGCGGGCAAGAGAAAGUGCCCUGCCGACAACUUUGCCUAUGUUGAAGCCACAAUAACACUAGUUUCUAUUCUUAGAAAGUUCAAGGUCAAAAUGGUGGAAGGUCAAGUUGUGACCCCAACCUUUGGCCUCGUGACUCACCCAACUGAAGAAGUUUGGAUCACGUUGCAGAAAAGAUAAAACAAAAUGAUUAUGAUAUGUGUAGAAUUUGUUGUGCCAUGGGAAACUGUAGUUUGAUAAACUUUUGUAAUGCUUUCAUAUAUGUUGUGGUGGUGAAAAUCAGAAAUUUUUCAUGAUCAGUAAUGUUCUGAAUUCUGGCUUAUCUGAACAUGUUUCAUGUUGAUUAGUGUAGCACAGCUUUUUAUAAUGCAAUGGUACAGAAAGAAUUCGGAAAAAGAAAAAUUUCUACGAACUAUGAAAACAUUAUGUAGGUAGUUCAUUAGUAGAAAACAAAGUUAAUAUAUUUGAUAUUUAAAUAAUUGGGUAUAAAUACACCACAUAUGUUGCUUGACUCACUUCAUGUCAAAUAGUUUAUGUGCUUGCUUCUGUGUAUGUGUUAGAUAAGUUCUGCAAGAAGGUUGAUAGUUGUUUUUCAAAACCUCUGUACAUAUACAUGUAUAAAAUAUAUACAUAUGUGAGUUGUAAGAAGAGUUUCUGAUGCA